AUGUCUCGCCGUUACGAUUCCCGAACAACCAUCUUCUCCCCCGAGGGCCGUCUGUACCAGGUCGAAUAUGCCCUCGAGGCCAUCUCACACGCCGGCACCGCCAUCGGCAUCCUGGCCAAGGACGGCAUCGUCCUGGCCGCCGAGCGCAAGGUGACGUCGAAGCUGCUGGAGCAGGACACAUCGGCAGAGAAGCUCUACGUGCUGAACGACAACAUGAUCUGUGCCGUCGCCGGCAUGACGGCCGACGCCAACAUCCUCAUCAACUACGCCCGCACCGCCGCCCAGCGCUACCUCCUGACGUACAACGAAGACAUCCCCUGCGAGCAGCUCGUCCGGCGGCUGUGCGACCUGAAGCAGGGCUACACGCAGCACGGCGGCCUGCGGCCCUUUGGCGUGUCCUUCAUCUACGCCGGCUGGGACCCCCAGAGGCAGUUCCAGCUCUACCUCAGCAACCCCUCGGGCAACUACGGCGGCUGGAAGGCGACGAGCGCCGGCGCCAACAAUGCCAGCGCCUCCAGCCUGCUGAAGCAGGACUACAAGGAGGACUGCACGCUGAAGGAAGCCUGCGGCAUGGCCGUCAAGGUGCUGAGCAAGACGAUGGACUCGACCAAGCUGAGCAGCGAAAAGAUCGAGUUCGCAACGGUGGGGCAGACGGAGGACGGCAAGAUCUACCACAGACUCUGGAGCGCCGACGAGAUCACGGCGCUGCUGAAGGAGCACGACCUGGCAAAGGACGAGAGCGCCGACGACAAAUAG